AACACUCCUCAUUUCUGAAAGACUCCUUCAACACUCGCACAUCUCUAAUCGAAACGUGUUGCACAUCUAACGGGCAGAGAGGGAGAGAGAUCCAAAAAGAUCAACUCGUUUGCUGCCGUCUUUUGUCCACUUUUGUUCUGACCACGUGGCGGAGAAAAAGCUGAGAUGAAGGACAGACUGAGCGAGCUCCUCAGCGUCGCCUCCAAGCCCCCAGACUUGGACCGCAGCCUCGGUGACAGCCAGAAAGACUCACUGGAAGACUAUGACGCUGUGGUGUUUGGAGGGGAGGAGGUGAUGGUGGGCAUCUACACAGAGGCCCAGGCCAUGAGGAAGGAGAUGCUGCUGCUCAAGAUGGACGUGAAGCGUCUGGGAAAGCAGAGCACCAGGUUCCUGACGUCGGUGAGGAGGUUCAGCAGCAUCAAGCGGGAUUCCAACGCUCUGGGGCGCAGCAUCAAGUCCCGAGGGGAGGCCAUCUACGCCCGUCUGGACAAGCUGCAGGCGUUGAGCGAGGAGCUGGCCGAGGAGCACGGCGCUUCCUCGGCGGUGGCCCGCAUAGCUCGCUCCCAGCAUGCCUCCCUGACCGCCGCCUUUCACCGGGCCAUGUCCGAGUACAACCGGGCCGAGAUGGAGCUCAGGGAGAACUGCAAGACCCGCAUCCAGAGGCAGGCGCAGAUUGUGGGCAAGGAGGUGAGCCGGCAGCAGAUCGAGGAGAUGAUUGAGACGGGCAAGUGGAACGUCUUCUCCGACAACCUGAUCCUGGAGGGACGCAGCGCCCGCUCCGCCCUGAGCGAGAUCGAGAGCCGCCACCGGGAGCUGAUGGAGCUGGAGGGACGCAUCCGAGACAUCCACGAGCUCUUCUUCCAGAUGGCGCUGCUGGUGGAGGAGCAGGGAUGCAAGGUGGACAGCAUCGAGGCCAACGUGCUCGACGCCCGGGACUACGUGGCCAGGGCCUCGGAUCACAUCCAGAAGGCCGUCCGGUACAAGAAGGAAAACCCCUGCAAGAAACUUUUCUGCUGCUGCUUCCCUUGCUGCAACUGAUGACAAAAAACACUCGGCAGCAUUUCUGGCUUUUUCUUUGGCUUUUUUGGCAAGGCAAUUCCAAAGAACUUGUGAUCAGAGUGUUCCAUCCAUCCAUUUUCCUCCCCUUAUGCGGGUCUGGGUCGCGGGGGCAGCAGUCUCAGUAGGGAAGUCCAGUUCCACCGGGAAGACACCGAGGCGUUCCGGGGCCAUGUGAGACAUAAUCCCUCCAGCGUGUCCUGGGUCUGCCCCGGGGCCUUCUCCUGGCUAGGCAUGCGUCCAGGAGGCAUCCGGACUAGAUGCACGAGCCACCUCAACUGGCUCAUCUGUAUGUGAAGGAGCAGCAGCUCUACUCUGAGCUCCUCACCCUAUCUCUUACAGCCUUUCAAAGUAAAAUGAUUUCCUGAAUGUUAGGACAGUGUCUAUGCAGCUAAAAAGGGGUCAUGAUGGCCACCGUUUGACCCAGGAACAGGUGAUUUCUUAAGGGGGAAUUGCGUUUCCACAGCAAAGAAACAAAUCAGAGGUGCCUGACUUUGCGAGGUUUCGCUGCACUUUGACGCUUAAAGACAACAACACGUCAACACUUCACGUGUCGCCACACUCAACUAUGAUGUAAGCGUAACUUCCUGGCUGUUUAUGAGAAGUACUUACUGUGGUUACUGUAAACAAAAGUCAGGACUUAAAAGACCACCAUUUCUUGGCAAAUGUUUGUUGUCGUAAAGUCACAGCCAUCAUUAGUUUGUGUACAUUGCGGUAAAUGAUGAUGUUUUCUGUAAUGGUCAAUAUAAUAUAUCAUUUAUUUAAGA